AGGGUCUCCGCACUGAAGAUGAUUUUUGACUACAGCGGUCGACAGGUUGCAUGCAGUUCCCAGCAACGGCGCUUCUACGACGGUAGGCAGUGAACCUGUUGUGGGUGACGAAUAGGCGCAGUAUAGAAGCCCACGAAGUCACUCUGAAAAUGGGUCGUGCUACCAAGGAUAAACGAGAUGUUUAUUACCGGCUAGCUAAGGAAGAAGGCUGGAGGGCUCGGAGCGCAUUCAAACUUCUACAGAUCAACGAACAAUUUAAGAUAUUCGAUGGCGUGAAGCGAGUCGUAGAUCUUUGCGCUGCGCCCGGCUCAUGGAGUCAGGUUCUCUGUCGAAAACUGCACCAGGCUAAUCCAGGUCGAGAAAAUGAGGUUAAAAUCGUCGCUGUUGAUCUUCAGGAAAUGGCGCCACUUGAAGGCGUUAUACAACUUCAGGGUGACAUUACAAAGAAGGAUACGGCCGAACAGAUUGUGAACCUGUUCGAGGGAGGACAUGCCGAUCUGGUUGUCUGUGACGGUGCGCCCGACGUCACUGGAUUCCAUGAUAUGGACGAAUAUAUUCAAGGACAACUUCUUGUUGCUGCACUGAACAUAACGACGCACAUAUUGAAGCAAGACGGGGACUUCGUGGCGAAGAUUUUCCGUGGCCGAGAUGUGACCUUUCUGAUUUCGCGACUCCAGCUAUUCUUUGAGCGCGUGGUUGUCGCAAAGCCAACAUCGUCGCGCAACUCGUCUAUUGAAUCCUUCGUCGUCUGUCUUAACUAUAACCCACCUAAGGAUUACGUACCACACAUGUACAACCCAUUCCUCGAUGGGAAUUUCGCUAGCAUAGAAUCAAUGCCCGAAGCGAAUCGAAGAAUUGUGCCAUUUGUCGUUUGCGGAGAUCUCGAAGGUCACCCACCCAUCGAUUCUGAUCGAACCUAUUCUCUUGAUGAGGCGUACGUGUAUACCCGUCCGACACAACCGCCCAUCAAUCCACCGUACAAGGAGGCGAAACAGAUGAAAAGCGAAGAUCGCCUGGCAAAAGCUGAGACCAGUAUCUCUAGUAGAGGAAAAUCGCUCUCGUCUGCUGAAGUGACAACUGUCAACGACGUGGAAUCGAUGCAGGUGGGCAACUCAUCUUCGGAAUCACCGUCGUCGUCUUUGUCACCCGAAGACCUAGAAAAGGAUAUGGUAUGGCAAGUUCAUACGAAUUUGACAGAUCUGCCCACCAGAUCUCCUCAGCCAACAAUAAGCGGCAGAGGAGAAGGGCGUACGGCAGAGAACAACGGACAAUCUUCCGCAAGCAGAAACCCGAGCAUCGUAGAGGAUUCUGACAGAUAAGAUUUGAGCCUUGUCGUUAACGUGCAGGCAAUAAUUUGUUGCAGCAUUUAAAAAAGCUCAAGUGUUAUUGCUUAUAGAUGCAGGAAAAUUGCGCACCUCGAAAGAUGGAAAAAAUAAUGACAUGGACAUCUUCGCAGUUCUUAUCUUUUAUUGGUUAUGAUGGUGAACGCAUUUAGAAUAAUGUAUCAUUAUUGUUGUUAUGUAGUGCUAGCUAUGUAAAUAUAUUUACAACUCUACGAUUGCUGAGUUUCUUGUUGGCUUAUUUCACAGUGGAGACCUAUAGCUUAUAUCGCCGUUAUAUUGAUAAAUCCAUACCACUCGGUUCUUUAAUUAUCCUCACUCUCAUAGCCAUUUCUCAGUUUAAACAAAGACUACCUGUGUUAGAAAUGUUUGUAAACAUGAUUAGUGGUAGAUCUAUAAUAAAUGAAUCGAUCAAAGAAUGUGUACUGUUA